AGCUUCCUGCCAAGGACCGCGCAGCCGCCUGGCUCCGCCGCGGGAGUAGCCGGUGAAGGCCUCGUCGCCGGUGCGGGACCCAGGGCUCCGUCGCGCUCGCCCAGCCCGACCCCGGGCCGCCGGACCGCACCAUGCGCGCCGCGCCGCCGGCCGCGCGGCUUCUGCCGCUGCUGGUGCUGCUCGCGCUCCUGGCCGCGCCCGCCGCCCGCGCCAGCAGAGCCGAGUCCGCCGCCCCGCCGCAGUCCGGAUCCGAGCGCCAGCCGCGGCCACCGCCCGGCCCUGGGCCCGGGAACGCCACCGGGAUGGGCUCCGGGGAGGCGGCGGGCGGCGGCGGCGGCAGCUCCAACAGCAGCGGUGACGCCCUGGUGACCCGCAUCUCCAGCCUGCUCCGCGACCUGCCCACCCUGAAGGCGGCCGUGAUCGUGGCGUGCGCCUUCUCCGCCUUCCUCAUAGCCUGCCUGCUGCUGCGCGUCUUCAGGUCGGGGAAGAGGUUGAAGAAGACCCGCAAGUAUGACAUCAUCACCACUCCAGCCGAGCGAGUGGAAAUGGCCCCGUUGAACGAAGAGGAUGACGAAGACGAGGACUCCACAGUAUUUGACAUCAAAUACAGGUAAAACCUGUUCUCCAGCGUGUUGGCAUCCUGUGGCUGGUCGGCUGAAGCUGGGGGGUGUGAAGGAUCUGGAAGCUGUCCCGUCCGAGGUGUUGAAACCAUAACAAACAUUAUUUAUGAAACUCUGGCACAGUUGUGUGUAGAAUGUCGGCUCCGAAUGUCACUGCAGGAGACACCACCCUCUGGACGCUCCUUUAAAAUGUCACCCUUUAUUCCCUCAAGAGGGCUUUUGCCUUGCUAAGGGGCAAGGGGAAACAUGCUGAUUUAAAAAAUAAUUUUAAAGCAACUGCCGACAAAAGUAAAAGAGAUCAGAAGUUAUCAGGAACCUGAGAAAAGCCUAAAGGAUAUUCAGCGGCAUGUUUAGGGUUUCUGACAGUCUGCUCUCCCGGAUCUACGCACUUCUAUAUGUCUGACCCUCUGUGGCCUUUCUGGGCUCGGUCGAGUUCUGACCUUUCGUUGGUGGUGGCCGCGUGAAAGUUCAGAGCGCAAAAGGGCUCGGAGCUGCUCAGCUUGUAGCAGAUGGAAACACGUCCUGUGGCUCCUUUUCUUUUCCUUUUCCGAAAGGGUUCAGCAGAAUUAGGCAUGGAAUUUAAAAAAAAUCACUGUGAUAAUUAAAAUGAAUGGUGGUUUGGUUGGCUGAAAAAAGCCCACUGCCAGGGACUACGUUUGCAGUUGGUCCAGGCCAGACUGGCCUAGGAACCCACCUGGACCCAGAGGGUUACUGCAGGAAGGCCCCUUGCACAGGCGGGUUUGGGUGAUGGCUUGUCUUGCAGCUCGAGUGCCCGACCCUUGCUGGAAGCAGGGCCUCGGGCUGACUCCUCAGGAUGAGAGACGCCUCUCAUUUCACUAUUUCCUGAGGGUUAUUUGCUGCAACGGAUAUCCUUCUGCAAAAGUCUCCGAGCAGUGCCUUUGGGGGUGGGCUACUCUGUUCUCUCUGGAAAGGUAUUUUGUAGUUUUUUUUAAUCUCCUCUUUUCUGGCAUUCUGCAGGGUUUGCAAAUUUGCCUGUUUAUUGUCUGCUCCGCUGCUUGGGAUGAAAACUCUGGCCUUUCCCUACUCGCCCCUAUCUUCAGAUUUUUCAGUUUCCUGGGAAGGGGCUGCCCUGCUUUGGGGUCCCCUGGUCCCCAAGGCCCUCUGGGCAUGGGUGCUCUGCAGCCCUGGCCCAUCAGGGUGGCACUUUAGCCUCUGCAGAAGAGAGGGGCGGCCACUCUGAGGACAGUGGCCUGCUGGUCCUUGGCUCCCUCCUGGGAUUUGGCUUCUUUUGUUGACUUUCCUUCUCCCUUUCUCCACCCUGUUUGCCAGAGGGGGGCGGGGGGCUGCUUUAUCUCUACCCUCCACCAUGUCCUCAUGGGCCAGGGUGGUGACUAAACGGGAUGGGCUGCCUAGCAGCUGUGCGCUGUCCGGACCUUUGAACUGGAACCGUGGCUCACACUUGCCUUUCCGACGACCGCGUCUGAGCCAUCUGCGGAGAAGCUGGAUUCUUCUGCCUGACACAGGGACGCCGGCCUCUGUAUGCCAGGUGCUCGUCACAGGGCCUGGCAGAGGCGGCCACCGAGAAUGACCUUCCAGACGCCACAGCUUUGGCACUAGAGGCUCUUAAAUAAAAAACGCUUCUGGCGUGAACUGUGUAUGCAUCAGUUUGGAGGUUUUCUGAGAUGGAGGCCAGCAAGGUGCCUUCUUUUGAUGAGGGAUGUGGGCCUGAGGCUCAGAGGAGGGCAGAAGGGGUGCCCAGGAGGAGGUACUGGGCCUGGGUUUGAAGCCCUGGGUGCCUCAGUGCUGGGGCUCGGAUCGACCUCAGGGGUCAGGUUCCACCCAGGCCCCUCUGCCUCUAAGUCCUGCCAGAGUGACAAAGUUCUGUGGGAUUCCAGAGGUGCAGAGAGAGCUGGUGGUGGUAGGGAGGCUAGAGGUCCCCUGUUGUGGGCAAGGCAUUUGUGGUGACCAGUGCUGGGGAGAGUGGGGUCCCAGGCAGAGGGGAGAAAGGAGGGUGGGAUGGGGACAGGAGGCUGCAGGGGGCCUUCCUUUACCUGCGUAACCAGCUCUUCCUCUGCAAAGACAAGUUCCGUUUCUUAAAAGCAGAGUGAGUUGGGUCUCGGGGAAGCAAAGUUGGGCUGGAAGGAAUAUCGGACCUGGGUGGGAUGACUUCCUUUCUCUAAUGCCGCCUUCUUUUUGUUCUUUUCAUGGGCGCUUCAGAGGGGCCAACUUUGGGGUCCAAAGGGACAACACUGUCCAAAUGGAUCCCACACCCCCCAGCGUUACUGCCAUCCUCCCUCGGUGAAAGAUUAGAUGUUCCUUAGCUGGGGGCACCCCGAUUCCAAAGACCCGGUUCCCGUUCUUUUGCGAGCAUUUGGGGACUUGUCAGAUCACGUGUCCAGUAUCGGUUCUGGAAGGUGUGACCAUUACAGAGACAUGAUCUAGUCGGUGUCUUCUGGAUUCACUUAAAAAUAGGACUGGAAGUUAUAAGAAAACAUUUCAGACUGAUUUAAGGAGCAGAAUUUUGAUUAAACAUGGAUUUAUUAUAAAAGCGAUG